AUGGACCCUUCGAAGGAUAAACACGGAGACGACGUUAAAAUAUGUAAGGAACUUAUGUACGAGACAACCGCCCAUGGCUGUAGGAAUGUUCUAUCCCAAAAUAGGAGUAACUACAUGAGGUUUAUAUGGCUUUGUUGUGUGCUUGGAAUGGGAACUGGCCUAUUUGUCACUCUUCAUAUUAUGCUCGUAGACUAUCAUACAUACCCGUUCAAUACAGUCGUGAAAAUUGGACCAAAACCAAAAUUAAAAUUUCCAAUGGUAACAAUAUGUGACUUGACAUAUCUUAGAGUGGAUCGAUUUCCUAAACCCAAAGCGGCUCUUAAUGUAUUUCUAAGCCGCAGUUCAUUUGGAGCGCAUCUUGAACUAAAUAAAUCCAGCAGUGGUUUUAUUCAAGUGGAGAAUACUCCGUUAGACGAGGCACAUAACAUAUCAAAUGUUACAGUGAAGGAUAUUUUUAAGGUGUGCAUGUGGAAAGGACAAAAUGUGUCUUGUAGUGAAAUGUGGAUUCCAGUCUUCACCGAUUUGGGUAAAUGUUUCGUCCUCAAUCGGAACGACUCGUUUGAUUAUUAUGCUGACUCUGCUGGUUCUCAUGGAGCACUUAACUUCAUCGCUAAAAUUGACCAAGAUAGUUACAUUGUUGGUAAAAGGUACAUGGCAGGAUUAAAGUCAAUCUGUGAAAUCAGCCAUUUCAUCACACGGAGUCACGGUUUACUGUUCAAUCUGGACGACAAGAAACUUUGUCCAUGCCAACUGGGUUCAACUGUGAAAAUUCUGAAGUUGAAGCUGCAUGAUCAACAUGAAGAUUCGCGGAUAUCAGAUUCUGGUAUAUUUUUAUCUCCUGGCAUAGCAUCUUUAAUAGCUGUUAAAAAGAGAUCUUAUACGUUUCUCCCCGAACCCUUCAGAGCCUAUGGUGACGAAUUUUGUGUAAUGAAUUCCGAACUGUCUGGCAGAAAUUCCAAAUCCACAUCAAUAGCAUAUGAUAGAGAAGCCUGUAUUAGACAAUGCGUAGUAAAUUCUGUCAUGAAAGAUUGUAACUGUAGAUCCGUGGCGGAUUUGGAGUAUUCCACCUAUCCAAUGUGUACAGUUGGACAAUGGCUAGACUGUUAUCAACCAGCUUUACGAAUAGUUGGAGGACAGAUGGGAUUGUUUCUUGGAGCAAGUUUCAUCACAGUGGCAGAAUUUCUUGAGAUAUUUCUCUUAUUCUUGUGGUCUAAAGUCAAGAAAGUGUGUUGCUGCUUAACCAGUGGAAAAAUCACUAAGACAAAAGUCUUAAAAGUAAAACCCGCCGUGAAAGAUUCUGUAACCAAGAAAUCAUAA